AUGGGUGGGAAAGUUGUAAUAUCCAUAGUGUCUCUGAUACUAGUAGUAGGAGUGGUGAUUGGGGCAGUUGUGGUGGUGAGACACGGUAAUAGUGAGGUCAGUGGUGCUUCGAGAGGUUCCAUGAAAUCCGUGGAUAAAUUUUGUGAACCGGCUCCUUUUAAGGAUGCAUGCGCUAGGAGCCUAGAGUCAGUUGCAAAUAAUGCAUCGGCCACGCCAAAGGAUUAUCUGAUUGCAGCCCUGCAGGCCACCGUAGAGGAAGUAAACAAAGGGCUAGACGUGGUUGGCAAUACAAAAAUCGACGAGAAAAACGAUUCCUUCCACCACAUGGCGGUGGAGGAUUGCAAGGAGUUGUUAGGGUACGCGGUGGAUGAGCUUCAGGCGGCAAUAACCUCGGUUGGGAAUAGCCAACUCCACACCCUAAGCGACCGAGUUCACGACCUCUUGAACUGGCUCGGCGCUGUGUACUCCUACCAGACAUACUGCAUCGAUGAAUUCGAAAAGCCUGUCUACAAGUCCUCCAUCCAAAAUGGCCUGCUUAACGCCACUCGGCUUACCAACAAUGCCAUGGACAUUGUUGCUAGCUUGUCUGACAUUCUAAAAUCAUUCAACAUCCCCAUCCCUAGCACUAACCGGAAGCUUCUAGGGGCUAUGGGUCACGAUGGGUUCCCAACCUGGUUUCAGGCUGGAGACAGGAAAUUGUUGGCUCAACAGGAAAGUGGACAGUUGGUACCCAAUGCUGUGGUGGCCAAAGAUGGUAGCGGACAAUUCAAGACCAUCUCUGAUGCCUUGAGAGCAUACCCACCUAAAGGGUUUACUGGACGUUAUAUUAUAUACGUCAAGGCUGGAGUUUACGAAGAGAAUGUGAUCGUUGACAAGAAACAGACCAAUGUGUUUAUCUAUGGAGAUGGCGCUGGGAAGACUAUCGUCACCGGAGAUAAGAACUAUGGAAUCAUGCACAUUCAAACUUCCAAUACUGCCACUUUCUAUGAGAUGAUUCAUCAUUAA